GCCAGUCGAUGGAAGGAAGACAAGCAAGAGUAAAUUCUGAGAGCUAUGAGCUCCAGAUCCCUCCAUUACCAUAUCCUCAAGCUCUUAACCGUGUAGAUUAUCAACAGCCUGAUGGCUUAAGCUUUGAUGUCUCCUUCAAUAAAGUCCACUUUUUUCCUUCUACCACUGUGGGAUUUGAAGCUUCUGAUUCAGUUGUUCAUGGGGAAGCUGCUGGGAUGAAGCCCUCUGCUGGUAACGUUGAAAAGGUUGGGUCCUCAGAUCCAAAAGUUGCUAAUGAUCAGAGUAGUAGUUCAUGGUGGAAGAUGUCAGAGAGGGGAAAGAUAAAGAUAAGGAGGAAGAUGAGGGAGCCGAGGUUCUGCUUUCAAACAAGGAGUGAUGUUGAUGUGCUAGAUGAUGGAUACAAAUGGAGAAAAUAUGGACAGAAAGUUGUGAAAAAUAGUCUGCAUCCAAGGAGUUAUUAUCGUUGCACACAUAACAACUGCCGAGUGAAGAAAAGAGUUGAGCGUUUAUCAGAAGACUGUCGAAUGGUGAUCACAACAUAUGAAGGAAGACACACGCACUCUCCAUGCGACGACCACAACUCACCUGAGAGCGAAUGCUUCAAAGCAUUCUGA